AUGGAUUUGACCGGCAUUCCGACGCCCAAAAUGGACUGGGAUAGCACCAAUCUCCCAGAAGCGUGGAAGAAAUUUCAACAACAUGUGCAACUUAUUUUCGACGGGCCUUUAAAGGACAAGGACGAGGAAAUAAAAUGCAAGUAUCUCUUAUUAUGGGUUGGUGACAAGGGCAGAGAUGUAUUUAACACUUGGCCGGAACUUUCAGCCGAGCACGCAAAAACUUUGAAUGUGUACUUUAACAAAUUCAAGUCGUAUGUCCAGCCCAAAUUGAACCCUGUUUUUGCGAGGUACAAAUUCAAUAACAUUCUUCAAAACAGUGACACUACUGAACAAUUUGUUACACGUCUGAAACUACAUGUACAAGACUGUAAUUACGGAGACCCUGAUGAGAUGGUGCGUGACCGCAUUGUGUUUGGUACGUCAUCUACGAAGGUGAGAGAGAGACUCAUAAAUGAGGGAGAAAAACUGACACUUGUUAAAGCUAUUGAAAUUAGCCAGAGUUACGAAUACUCCCAAGAGCAAUUACGCUUGAUGUCGCCGCAUAAUGCCGAAGUGCAUGCAGUGUCCAAACCGUCUCGCACAGGAAGCAGAUCGAAUUCGGAACCAAGUGAUGCGAAAUACAAGAACCGUAACUCCAAUCAUCGACGUUCAUCCAAACAGCAGAACCAACAGAAGAAUUCAGGAUCUUCUACAUGUGGCAACUGUGGAUACACUCACAAAAAAGCUGACGUCUGUCCAGCAAAGGGGAAACGCUGUGAUAACUGUAACAAGUGGAAUCACUUCUCCAAAGUGUGUCGCUCUGUGCACAAAUCAAAGUCUGUUCAUGAAGUUACAGCAUGCCCCGAGUCUGACACUGAAUCUGAUUUCUACAUUGAUAGUAUAGAGUCAAAUUAUGAUCAUAUAAAAAAUCAACAGGCUUUUGCCAAGGUAAAUAUCGGUCCAAAAUCCUUCCCUGUAGAUUUCAAACUUGAUACUGGUUCUCAAGCAAAUAUAUUGCCUGAAAAGGUCUACAAUAAGCUAGAAUCACUUGACAUCCUUCGUAGUCCCCAGCGUAAACUGUCAGCUUAUGAUGGUGGUCAACUACGCACAUUAGGUGUUUGUCGUCUGUCGUGCACAGUAGGUCAAAGGUCACAGAACCUCGAGUUCUAUGUUGUCGAUACAGAAGGACCCCCUAUUUUAGGUCUUCAGUCAUGUCUUAGUUUUGAAUUGAUCAAAUUAGUCUACUCUGUUGAAACAGUAGUCCCAGACAGUGAUGUCAAGGUCCACUGUCCAGAUAAAAGCGUUCACAAACAUGAACCUGAUGGUCACUCUCAAUUUAGCUCAUUAGACAAUGAAGUAAUUUUGAAACGUUACUCAGAUGUUUUUUCAGGAAUUGGACUGUUUCCAGGGGAAAUCAAGAUCUACAUUGAUCAGAACGCCGUACCGGUAGUCCACCCCCCACGACGUGUACCAUUCGCGAUCCGCGACAAAUUGAAAUCCGAGCUCGAACGCAUGGAGCAGGCAUCUAUAAUUGCAAAGGUCACCGAACCAACGAAAUGGGUAAACUCACUUGUGGUAGUCGAGAAGCGCUCCGGUAAGUUACGCAUCUGUCUUGAUCCGCAAGACUUGAACAAGGCUAUUUUGCGUCCACAUUACCCAAUGCAUACCCUAGACGAUAUCCUGCCGCAGCUCUCUGGAGCCAAAUUUUUCACUAAGCUAGAUGCACGGUCUGGCUACUGGGCUCUCAAGUUGGACGAGGAGUCAUCCUUCCUCACAACGUUCAACACCCCUUUCGGUCGUUACCGGUUUCACCGUCUCCCAUUUGGACUUAAAUCAUCGCAAGAUGAGUUCCAAAGGAAAAUCGAUGAGUGCUUUGAAGGUCUGAGCGGUGUCGUAGCCAUAGUCGAUGACAUCUUGGUAUUUGGUAGUUCUAGGGCAGAACACGAUCAGAACCUUAGAUCCGUUCUCGCAAGAGCACGCGACAAGGGCAUCCGAUUUAACGAGGAUAAACUAGAGGUCGGGGUCACAGAACUGUCCUAUUUUGGACACGUCAUAUCGUCGCAAGGUCUUAAGCCUGAUCCGUUAAAGGUCAAUGCCGUCAGUAACAUGAAACCCCCGCAAAACAAGGCUGAACUUGAAACAAUACUCGGGAUGGUCAAUUAUCUCGCAAAGUUUGCGCCGAACCUCUCGGAAAUCACCAGUCCGAUGCGAAAACUGUUGAACAAAGAUGUGCAGUUCUCUUGGGACCACCCCCAGGAAAGAGCAUUCAAUGAGGUCAAAAAGGUCAUCACUCAAUGCCCAGGACGAGUACUCGCAUACUAUGACCCUGGCAAGGAAGUCACUUUGCAAGUUGACGCUUCUAAAUUUGGUUUAGGGGCUACAUUAAUGCAAGAUAAGAGACCGAUAGCAUUCGCGUCGAAGUCACUCACUUCCACAGAAGUGAACUACGCUCAAAUUGAGAAGGAAAUGUUGGCCAUCUUAUUUGGUUGUAAACAUUUUCACCAAUACGUUUACGGACACUCCGUACGAGUCGAAACCGAUCACAAACCACUUGUAAGCAUAGUAAAGAAGCCGAUCAGCGCGGCUCCUCCUAGGCUUCAGCGCAUGCUAUUGCAACUUCAAAGAUAUGAUAUAGACUUGUACCAUUUGCCCGGAAAGAGCAUACCCGUGGCUGACACUUUGUCCCGUAAGUUUCUUCCGGAUACUUAUCCACAUAUUUCGGAAGGAUUAGACCUUCAGGUACAUUCAGUCUUAUCUUCACUACCGAUUAGUGAACGAAAAUUAGAGGCGAUAAGAUCCGCUACAUGUCGUGACGAGCAACUUUCUACAUUAGCUGAGAUAAUUCUGAAUGGUUGGCCUGAAUCGCGAAAGGAAUGUUCUCCUUGUGUUGUCGAGUAUUGGAACCAUCGCGACGAGUUGUCGUUCGUUUCGGGAUUGAUUCUGAAAGGGAACAAAAUCGUUAUGCCGAAAUCACUCAGAACUGAAAUGCUCGAAAAAAUCCAUGCAGGCCACAUGGGCAUCGAUAAAUGUCUAAGCCGCGCAAGGGAUAUUAUGUUCUGGCCGAAAAUGUCAAGUGACAUACAGAACCUUGUUUCUAGCUGCAAGAUAUGCUUAGAGUCUCGAAGGUCAAACCAAAAAGAACCUUUAAUCAGUCAUGAAAUACCUGAUUAUCCCUGGCAAAUAGUGGCAACCGAUUUGUUCGCGUUUGAAGGUCAGGACUACCUCGUGGUAGUUGAUUAUUUGAGUAGAUAUUUUGAGUACACGAAACUUCGAAGCACGAGCAGCAGCAUGAUUAUCAAUGAGCUAAAAUCCAUAUUUGCACGAUUCGGUAUCCCGGAAAAGGUCGUAUCGGACAAUGGUCCUCAAUACUCAUCGUACGAAUUUGAAGACUUCAGUAAGAAGUGGAACUUUGAUCACAUAACAUCAAGUCCUAGGUACCCACAGUCUAACGGUCUCGCCGAGCGAACUGUGCAAACGGUCAAGCGACUCCUUAAGAAAACGCGAAAGAGUGGUACCGACCCUCUAUUAGCAGUUUUAGAAUAUCGCACAACCCCGUUGUCAGAUACUGGUUGUUCCCCUUCCCAAGUCUUAAUGAGUAAAAAACUCAGAUCUGUUAUUCCUUGUUUACCUGUUCAACUGGUCCCAGAAACCCCAAAUUUGCCAAAGAUCAAGAGUCUAAUGAGGUCAUCUCGUCUAGAACAGAAAAAUCACUAUGAUGUAAAAGCAAAACCUUUGAAACCACUGGUUCUUAAUGAAACGGUGAGAAUCCAAGGCGAGAAUAAAUCUUGGAAACCAGCAGUUGUUGUUGACAAACACAACACUAGGUCAUACACUGUCCGCACUGCUGAUGGCGCGCAAUACACGAGAAAUCGUCGUCAUUUGCUUAAGACAAAUGAACCAGACUUGAGCCAGGUAUCUAUGUUUGAGUCCUUUCCCAAUGUUUUGGACAAUCAAAAUUCUAGUCCCAUGGUCACAAACAAUCACGAUCAUGAAAAUUUAGAGGUUGAAAAGUCUGACAUUAACAGUCCCCUUAAAUCAAAAAAUGACUCUAGUCAAGGUUGCUACAUCACACGCUCUGGACGUGCUGUCAAACCAAAGACAAUUGUUUCUAUGUAA